AUGAGAGCUGUUUCAGAUCAGAUCCAAUCAUUAACAACUAACUCAGAAAAUCUAAUUUCAACACCCAACCCAGAAGCUGCACUAAGCCCACUGGACCCACUCAUGGUUGAUAACAAUUUGGAGGAUCAGGCCUAUGGCCCGUGGAUACCAGCCCAACCUAAACGCAGAAGGCCCAUUACAAAGACAGUCACCCCUAAUGCAAGCAAACUCAGACCUAAUAAUAGGUAUCAGGCCCUAGAAAAAGAGGCCCAAGCUCAAGAGGUAUACUCCACAGACAGUAUCCUUUUGCAUCAGGGCCAAAACCCUCCUAUCCCAGGAUCCAGUAAUGCAAACAAGAGAAUCUGGCCCCAAGAGGACCAAAGAGGAACUAAUAAGAAAUGGGAUACUACAAGAUUAACACUGAUGGAAGCUCCAAAGGCAACCCAAGCCCAGCUGAUAUUGGAGGCAUUCUUAGGGAUGAUAGAGGGAAAUGGAUCAAGGGCUUUAUUGGCAAAAUUAAUCACACCACAAGUCUUAAAGCAGAACUCUGGACCAUCCAACAACGGUCUACAACUAAAUUUGGAUAGGAGUGGGAACUUCAUCUUGAAGACUGACUCCUUAAAAGCUUGCAAUCUGCUGGUUGGAACCCAAUCAGCUAGCCACCCUUUCAAUGUCCUGUGGACAAUUGCAAGUUCAUUAUCAACUCCCUCAACAUUUCUAUGGUAUAUCCACUCGGAGAGGGAAAUCAAUGUGUUGAUGGCCAUGCGAACUUGGGCAUGA